CCUACUGCUUUGGGCCUUUGGGCCCUUGUCUUUAAUCCAAAAUGGCCCAAUUUCAUACCGAUUAAAUACAAAAGAAAUAGAACCGGCCGGCUGCUCCGAGACGACGAUGCCGGUAAAGAGAGAACCGUGCAGAUACUUUCAGCGUGGCAGCUGUCAGUAUGGAGAUGAGUGUAGAUAUCUUCAUGUGAUUCAGCAACAGCCAAAGUCGAAUAUCUUUGGCUCAGAUCAGCACCAAAACUCCAAUCCCUUUGGUUUUGGUGUUCAGAACAACUCUCAGUCAAAAGCCGGAGCCGAUAAGCCUUUUGAGAACAAAUGGACUUGGUCCUCGCCUACACCUGCUGCUGCUACUCCCUCAUCACAGAGAUCUGAUAACCAGCACCAGACAACAAACCAUGAGUGCACAAAUACUGAAGCUUGUAGAAGUAUAAUGAUUGAAGAUUUUGAGCGGGAGAGACCACUUUGGAAACUUACCUGCUAUGGUCACUCAAGAAAUUCUCUUAAGUGUGAUAUUGUUGGUGAUAUUAGUUACGAGGAAUUGAGGGCAGCGGCAUAUGAUGAUGCUAAGCGAGGGGUGAACUUGCGAUCAAUAGUUGAAAGAGAGCAGAAUUUGAUAAAUUCGAAGUCAAGUGAGUUUGAACCCCAUGCUGUUCCACUGAACUCUACUGCUACCCAAAGCUCUUUCCCUUCAACUACUGCAAAUGCAUUCUUUCAGACUUCACAAAGUAGUGCUCCUCCUUCAGUAUCAAGUUUCAGCCAGUUCGGUACAUCCCUCAACGCGGGAUUUGGACAAAGGCCAUCCGCACCAGCAAAUAAUGGUUUUUUGCAGCCGAGCUCAUUUACGAAUUUCAGUUAUCCUUCAAGUGGAUUUGAGACGAACAAUUUUCCAUCUGCAAAUUUUGGUUUACUUGCCAGCCAAUCUCAUAAUAGUGCAGGUGGAAGUUUCUUUACCCACAGUGUAGGAUUUGGCGACCAAACAUCCACUUCAGCAGUGCCAUCACAAUUUCCUAGUGCUACAAGUAGCCAGCCACUUUUUCCCAAAGAUGGGCUUAGUUCUGCUUCGAAUCCAAGUGGACAAGUAAUUGCAGAAGUUCAGUCACUAAAUAAUUUACAAAUGGAGAAGAUUUCUGGGGACAUGAGUAUUUGGUUGAAAAAGAAAUGGACACCUGGAGAGGUUCCAGAAGAAGAACCGCCAGAUGCAUUGGUUCAUAUUGAUUUGUAAUCUCAGUACUCUAUGAACAGGAAAAUCAAAACGCUUGCAGUUGUUAUUUUUAGCAUGAAAUGAUUGCAAAAGACACGUCUUUUUGAAAUCUUGAGUUGGGUGAGCGCAAGGAAAAGGGUGGACACUAGGAAAGGGAAAAACUUCAUUUGUGCAGGCCAGAUGGUUGCCUCAUUUGAACAUAAGUAGUGUGCCAUCUUAUUACUUGAUUUAUCUUAUCUAAGUGCAGCUUAUGAAUAUUAGAGCUAUGGGGAUAUGUACUAACACAAUAGCUGAUCACUAAUUAGAACCAUGUGAUGGUUCCUCCAGAUAAGUGGCUUUGCUCGACUACGUCCGUACUCGCAACUCCUACGUUCUGUCAAUUUG